CUCUUCAUAUAUUCCCUCUGCCCUCUCACUGACUAAACCCCAUCCCUAAUUCCCCUCUCUCUCUCUCUCUCAAUCUCUCACACGCAGUGAAGGUGAAAACACACGCACAUAUACAUACUCACAUACAUGGCUACCAGACAUGAUUUUGCAGAUGCAUACAGUACAGAUACCAGUGAGGAAGAACAAGAAGAAGAAGAUGAAGAAGAUGUUGAAGAGGAAUCCAAAGAUUGCAAAGAGCUCAUUCCUAGCACGUGCCCACCACGUGGGAGGGCGUUUCUGGACCCAAGAUCCGAAUGGGUUCAAGAAUGGAACCGGGCGUUCCUUCUGGUUUGCGCCACCGGUCUGUUCAUUGACCCGCUGUUUUUCUACACACUCUCCAUAAGUGAACCAUGCAUGUGUGUGUUCGUCGACGGGUGGUUCGCCGUCACAGUCACGGUUCUCCGGUGUGUUACGGACGCCUUGCACGUGUGGAACAUGUGGUUGCAGUUCAAGAUGAGCAGGUGGUGGAGAUCGCCGCACCACCACCGUCGAUUAAGCCAUGACGAUGACAUUGCACGUAACGUCGCCGCUCGGAUCAUAACCAAGGCCAAGAAAAGCUUCGUUUUUGAUCUCUUCGUAAUCCUCCCAAUACCCCAGGUGGUUUUAUGGGUAGUGAUUCCUGCAUUGUUAAAGAAGGGUUCGACGACAGAAAUAAUGACAGUUUCUUUAAUCAUGUUCUUGUUUCAAUACUUACCAAAGAUUUAUCACUCUGUAUGCCUUUUGCGACGUAUGCAAAAUCUCUCAGGCUACAUUUUUGGUACUGUUUGGUGGGGGAUCGCUCUCAAUUUGAUCGCUUAUUUCGUUGCCUCUCAUGCAGUAGGAGCAUGUUGGUACUUGCUUGGUAUGCAAAGGGCUGCGAAAUGCUUGAAAGAAAAAUGCAUGGAAGCAAACGGGAUUUGUGUCUCAAGAUUUUUGACAUGUCAAAACCCUGUUUAUUAUGGCACAGAUAAGUUCGUGAAAGAUCAUACAAGGCUCUUGUGGGGAUCAAAUAAAGAGGCAAGAACAACUUGUCUUGAAAACGAAGACAAUUCUAGCUAUGGAGCUUAUAAAUGGACUCUUCAACUCGUUACCAAUGAUAGCCGUUUGGAAAAGAUACUUUUCCCCAUUUUUUGGGGACUCAUGACCCUUAGUACGUUCGGGAAUUUAGAGAGCACAACCGAUUGGUUGGAAUGCGUUUUCAUCAUCAUCGUUCUCACAACAGGGCUUCUUCUAGUCACCAUGUUGAUUGGAAAUAUCAAGGUGUUUUUACAUGCAACAACAUCAAAGAAACAAGCUAUGCAAUUGAAAAUGAGAAAUAUAGAGUGGUGGAUGAGGAGAAGGCACCUCCCUCAGAGUUUCCGACAAAGAGUACGUAAUUAUGAGCGCCAACGAUGGGCAGCAAUGCGUGGUGUGGACGAAUGUGAGAUGAUACGCAAUCUCCCUGAGGGUCUCAGGAGAGAUAUUAAGUAUCAUCUUUGCUUGGACUUGGUCCGACAAGUACCAUUAUUUCAACAUAUGGAUAACUUGGUCCUUGAGAAUAUAUGCGAUCGUGUCAAGUCCCUCAUUUUUACCAAGGGAGAAACGAUUGCAAGAGAAGGAGACCCUGUACAGAGAAUGUUGUUCAUAGUAAGAGGUCAUCUUCAAAGUAGCCAAGUACUCCGAGAUGGUGUCAACAGUUGUUGCAUGUUAGGCCCUGGAAACUUUAGCGGCGAUGAGCUCUUAUCAUGGUGUCUCCGACGGCCCUUCAUCGAGAGACUACCACCAUCAUCAUCAACGCUCAUCACUCUUGAAACAACUGAAGCUUUUGGGCUAGAAGCUGAUGAUGUCAAGUAUGUAACGCAACAUUUCAGGUAUACAUUCGUGAAUGAAAAGGUGAAGAGGAGUGCUCGGUAUUAUUCUCCAGGGUGGAGGACUUGGGCUGCGGUGGCGAUUCAAUUGGCAUGGCGGAGGUACCGACAUAGACUCACUUUGACGUCGUUAUCUUUCAUUAGGCCGAGAAGACCAUUGUCGAGGUGUUCUUCACUUGGGGAAGAUCGGUUGAGGCUUUACGCCGCUUUGUUGACUUCGCCUAAACCAAAUCAGGAUGAUUUUGACUUUUGAGAUUGUAGAUUUGGAUGUUAUAAUGUUCAUGUAAAGAUGAUAAAAAGAUAAUUAUAAAGUUGUAUAUGUAAUAUGUUUAUUUAUUCGUUUGAUUAUGAAAAGUUUGAGAUUUGCAAUACAAUAUAUGAAUAUAAUAUGUAGAUUAAUGUUCA